UCAGAGUUUUUGAAGGCGAGUUAUCUGAGACUAUUCCUGUGGUCCAUGCUUCCAUUGCGGGAUGCAGAAUAAUUGGAAGAAUGUGUGUCGGUAAUCGACAUGGGUUAUUGGUCCCUAACAACACAACAGAUCAGGAGUUACAGCAUAUCCGCAAUUGUUUGCCAGACUCUGUGGCCAUCCAGAGAGUUGAGGAACGUCUUUCUGCACUUGGAAAUGUUAUUGCCUGCAAUGACUACGUGGCCCUGGUGCACCCGGACCUGGACAGAGAUACAGAGGAGAUCUUGGCUGAUGUGUUGAAGGUGGAGGUUUUCCGACAGACUGUUGCCGAGCAGGUUCUAGUGGGCAGUUACUGUGCUUUCAGUAACCAGGGAGGCUUAGUACAUCCAAAGACAUCCAUUGAAGACCAAGAUGAACUUUCAUCGCUGCUUCAAGUUCCAUUGGUGGCUGGAACAGUGAAUCGUGGUAGUGAGGUUAUCGCCAGCGGGAUGGUGGUGAAUGAUUGGUGUGCUUUCUGUGGACUUGACACUACCAGCACUGAGCUGUCAGUUAUUGAAAGUGUUUUUCGACUAAAUGAAGCCCAGCCCAGUGCAAUUGCAACAAGUAUGAGAGAUUCACUGAUUGAAAGCUUAACAUAAAGGAACAGGCGAGGAUCGAGCCUCUGAAGGGGAAUGUGCUGCUCUUCUAUUUCGACAGACCAGACACGAGAGAGAUCAUCGUUUGCUCUGAACUGAUUAGCCAUUCUUUACUGUAAUGAACCCACAUAACUCCAAUCAAUUUGUAAUCACCCCAGAGCCACAACAGCCCAUAACCUGCCUUCUCAUGGAUUAUUUAACCUUAAAGAACAUCUGAAUGUGUAAGAAAUGAGUUGGUGAGAUUGUCUCAGUGUUGAUUAAACAAAUCACUCUGCUUAUGAAUAAAUAAAUCCUUGUUUUUUUAA